GUAAAAAAAUCACCGCCCGUUGUUCCACUUGAAGACUAUUUAUCUCAAUUCCCACAAUUCAUCGAUGUGUUAUGAUUCCAACGUACCCUGAAGACAUUUUUUUUGUAAUGUUAAUUGCAUGAUAAUUUUAAUGAACAUUUUAAAAAAUAAACAACUCUGCGGAAGUUAUUGCUUUUACCUUGUGAAGAUCGUGGCUGCAAUGUCAAUCAAAACAUGAUUUUCCCUCAUUAAAGAGGAAAAAUGAAAAGUGAUCCGAUAAUUCAGGUAAUGAUUUCGUUGAAUUAACAUUUCGUGCGGAGUAUGUUCGCAAUUUGAAAACGAAUUUCCAACUCGAACCAUAAAGAUACAGUCACAACGUAAGAACUGGGUAUUGCGUAAACUCUUGUACGUGCUCAUGAUGUAUAAUUACAAGUGAACUUACUCGUUACAGAAUUAAGACAGUAAAUGCCAGUGGUAUCUAUGAAUGCACCACAGUAGUUGGAAUUAAUCAUAUUGGAGUCACAAGAACAGAUAUUUCUCUCGAAGGAUUGGAUUUCCUUAAGAUUGAGACCAGGGAUUGACGAGAAUUGGAAAAAAAUAUGUCGUCGGUGACUCUGAAACUGCGUAAACAAUAGCGCAAUUGGCGGACGUUAUGCAAUUGCACUCUUGGAUGGUACUUCCAUCAGGACAGAUGAUUAUCGUGGUAUAAAAGUAGCAAGACCAAAUACUUCCUGCUCAGUCUAUCAGUAGUAUUUCCAGACAAUCUUUUAACUACUUUUUGAAAUGUGGGGCAAUAUUCUCACUGUUAUUUAUGUUUUUCUCGCUGCAUCCAGUGCUGUACCGGCUAAUUACGAUUCAGAUGAGAGUGGAGAGGAUUCACUCGUCUAUGUCGUCAAUAUUUAUGCAGUUAGAAACACAAACACGAAAAAUGUCGCCAAGAUGUUGACCGACGAAACAUUGAUGGAAAUUCCUGCGAAAUUCGAAUCGAUUGGAAGUGUUCUCCUACCCGAUGGUCAGGAGGAGCCAGUGACGAUGAAAGAAGUUCAGAUAUUCUUUGAAACAAUGGGUCUAUCGGUGAAGCAGUUGAACGAAGGGGAUGACCCAAAAGUGAUCGAGAUCAAAGGCGACAUGUCAUACGACGAAAUAUUCCCUGACCUCGAGGAAAUAGCAAUAAGUUUUCUGAACGACGGAUUAAUGUGCACAAUAAAAUUCGUCAACAACUCAAUGAUUUUCAUGAUUGAAUACAAUCCAGGAAUGGAAGACAACCGACACAUCACCCUUGAAGAGAUUGUGGAGGCAUUGGAAAUGGAGGGAAUUGAUGUCGAGUACGAGACCGUCGACGGUUCAAUCAUUAAAGUAAUCAUAACGCAACCCUUCGAUGAUGAUUCGAGCGAAUCCGAGGAGUCGAGCGAAUCCAAGGAGUCAACGACGAGAGCUGGUGUCGAGGGAAAGCCCGAGAGGAAGGAGAAUAAAAUAGAGAGGACCGAGGAGAAACCGAUGCCACGGAAGAACGAGCUGGAUGACCAAUUCAAAACUUUAGGUUUUACCACUAGGUCUGAGGCCCUCAAUAAAAUUAGGAGGCGAAGGUCUGAGUGUCAGGGGUGCAGGGCUAUUGAUACCCUGAAGACUUAUCUUCAGGAGCACUCGCAUCACUAGAAUUUCAGCAUUAAAUAAAAAAUCGGCUUGAUAUCACAUUGUCGCAAAAAAGAUGUCACACUGUCCGAUACAUUACCCGGAAUCAUUAUCCCAAGAAAUUUAUUCUCAAGAGAUUUAAUGUUUACGACAAGGAAUUUAUUUUGUGGUAUUGUAGCGAUAAUUCUUUCAGUGCAUCUCGCAGAUUUUUGUUUUGCAGUAUUUAUGACGAGUUUUUAGUACACAAUUGUACGGAUCUGUGUUAUUUUUAUAUGGAAGUGUCAAUAAAUGAAAUAGAGUGGAUACGUUAUUUGAUAUUAA